AUGAGCAAUGAGAAUAUGUACUCAAGUGAUUUAUUUUAAUCAACCGUAAUGAGCAAAUCCUAUUAUUAAGUGUUACAAGAUUCAAAUUUAAUAGAAUCAUAAGUGUUAUAACCUGUUUGUUAGAUGGCAACAUCUUAAUAUAUGACAUAAUCAAUGUAAAAGCCAAAGAAAAUGGAAAUAUUUCAUUAAUUGAAUGAAGAGCAUGAUUCAGAAGAUGAAGGAAUUGAAGAUUAUAAGUUAGGUGGAUAUCAUCCUGUUCAUGUUGGAGAAAUCUUAUAAAAUAGAUAUGUUGUAAUACAAAAAUUAGGUUGGGGACACUUUUCAACUGUAUGGUUAUGUAAGGAUUUUAAAUUUGAUACAUAUGUUGCUAUAAAGAUAUAAAAAUCAGCAGAGAAUUAUCUUGAAGCUGCGUAUGAUGAAGUUGAAAUAUUAUAGAAAGUAGCAUAACAUGUGGGAGAUGAAAAAUGGUUGAAAAAAUUAAUAUAAUAUAAACCAAAUUAGAGAUUAAAUAGAGAUGAUACUCAUGUAGUUUAAUUGUUAAAUUCAUUUGUAUAUAGAGGUCCAUAUGGAUGUCAUUUUUGUAUGGUAUUUGAAAUUUUAGGAGUUAAUUUAUUGGAGAUAAUAAAAAGAUAUGAAUUUAAAGGAGUUCCAAUGAGAUUAUGUAAGAAAAUAGCAAAAGAAGUAUUGAUUGGAUUAGAAUUUUUACAUGAUCAUUGUGGAGUUAUUCAUACUGAUUUAAAACCAGAAAAUGUUUUAUUAUAAUUAACAUAAGAUGAAAUUAAAGAUAUUAUAGAAAAUGGUUAAUUAACUAAAAAUUAGAUAUUCAAAGAGAGAUUGGAUUUUUAUCAUUAAUUAUUUGAUAUUAAGAAGGAAGAACCUAUAAAACUUGAAGAAUCUGUGAAAACUGUUAUUUAAGAAGAAACAAAAGUAAUAGAAUAAGAUUAAGAAAAUGAAUAUUAAAAAUUGACAAAAAAUUAAUUAAGAAAUUUAUAGAGAAGAUAAAAGAAAAAAUAAUAAAAAUUAUAAAAGUAAUAAGAAAUUGAAAUAAAAAAGAUUGAAAAAGAGUUUGAAAAGUAAGAUAAAGAAGAAAUAUAAAUUGAAAAUAAAGUUUAGGAUAAAUAAACAGAUGAUUAGAUUACAAAGAGUAAUUUAUUUUAGAUAGAUAAAAAAUCAUUAUUUAAAUAGAUACAAAAGAAUGAAUUUUCAGUAAAAGUAGCAGAUUUAGGUAAUGCUUGUUGGACCCAUCAUUAAUUUUCAACAUUAAUAUAGACAAGAUAAUAUAGAUCACCAGAAGUAUUAAUAGGUGUAAGAUAUAAUUAAACAGCUGAUAUAUGGAGUUUUGCUUGUAUGUUGUUUGAAUUAUUGACAGGAGAUUUCUUAUUUGAACCGAGAAAAGGAGCAAAUUUUUCAAAAAAUGAUGAUCAUUUAGCAUAGAUAUAAGAAUUGAUGGGGAAAUUUCCAUUGAAAUUCUGUUAAAGAGGAUUAAAAUCAAAAAGAUACUUUAAUAAAGAUGGAAAUUUAUUAAGAAUACCUGUAUUAAAUUGUUGGUCAUUAACUGAUGUUUUAAUAGAGAAAUAUAAGUAUAAUCCUAAAGAUGCAAAAGAAUUAUGUAAAUUAAUUAUAAUAAUAAAUAAUAAUAGCUUCAUUUUUAUAACCUAUGUUAAAUCCAUAUCCAGAAAAGAGAGCUACAGCAUCAUAAUCAUUAUAACAUUCUUGGUUAUAAAGUGAAUCAGAUGGAAUUAAAAUGAGUGAAGAAGAAUUUAGAGAAUAUAAAUUAUAAAGAGGUUAAAUUGAAUUCAAAAAAGUAUUAAAAUAAAAAUAAAUAUUAAUAGAUAGUUGAAAGUGAAGAAGAAGAUGCUGAUAGAAGUGAAACACCUGAAUCAACAUUACCAUUACCAUCUAGAUAUAGAUAUAAAAUAGAACCAAGAUUUGUUAAUAGAAAUGAAAUUGAUAGAUCUUUUACAGAUCUAGGAUAUAUAGGAUUUGGAAAUGGUAUAGAAAUUGAUAUGUUGGAUUCAACAGGCAAUUGGCAAUUCAUUAAUUGA